CAGGCAACAAGCGCAGAGUCCAGGAAGUUACUGGUGCCAGACAGGAAAUAGUCCAGCACAUUACAGCCAAUGGUUUCUACACUUGAGAGGGGUGUCAAGCUUCUCAUCUAACUCUUGGCAGUAAAGCAAAUGAGUGUAUUUGCCAAAAUGUCGAACUUUAACCUCUAACCACCUCUCCUCAGGGUGCUGUCAGGAUGCAGAGGGGUUUCCAGUUGGGCCUGCUGCUUCUGGCCGUCCAGCUGUUCCAGGAGGGUCUGGGCAACAUCCCAGCAGUCACCCUGGCUGUCCUGGGAUUCAAUGUGUAUCUUUACAUGUUCCCUGCUGCUCCGCUGAUGAAGGCCUGUGUGAGCCUCCAGUAUGUGUACAAGGAUAAAGACUGGCGUCGCCUCUUCCUCUCCCCCCUGCACCACGUCGAUGACUGGCAUCUCUACUUCAACAUGGUGUCCUUCCUCUGGAAAGGUAUCAGGCUGGAGCGCCGUCUGGGCGGAGGCUGGUUCCUCUACCUGCUGUCAGUCUUCUCUCUGCUCACCGGAUUGGUCUAUCUGCUGCUGCAGGCAGCGCUGACAACCCUCAUGAAAGACUCUGAUCUGUUAGCAGGAUUCAUAGACGUGUCAUCGCACAGCAGCGAGUGUGCUGUCGGCUUCUCAGGUGUCCUGUUCGCUCUGAAGGUGGUCACUAACCAUUAUAACCCAGGUGGCGUCACGUUCGUGUUGAAUAUUCGUGUGUCCAACCGCUUCGCUAGCUGGGUGGAGCUGGUGAUGAUCUAUCUAAUUGCUCCAGGGACUUCUUUGAUUGGCCACCUGGCAGGUAUCCUGGUGGGUUUGCUCUACACUGUGGGUCCACUGGAGACCAUCAUGAAGACAAGUGCAGAGUUUGUGUCUUCAGAUGGAAAUAAUCACUGGCCAAGUUCAUACUUCAACUCUUCAGGCUACAGUGGGACUAGAGGAGAACGCUCAGAAGAUCCACAGCAUGCAGAAGAUUAUACAGCUGGAGAUGCAGGUGAUAAUCCUGAAUCUGAUAUCGCAGGACUGACAGAGGAAGAGCAGUUAGAGAUGGCUAUCAGAAACAGCCUGAAUGAUGGAGGAGGAACCAGGCAGAGACAAACUGCACGUCCAGCUUAUGUUUUCCACCCCACUGAGGAGACUCCAGAACGCAGACUCAAAAAGGAGCGAGCUACCAGAAAGACCCCGAACACAUCCUCCACCAUUCCUUCACACCCCUGCCCACAUUGCCCAAAAAAAUGCAGCUCCAGGAUUGGCCUCUACUCCCACCUGAGGACUCAUAAGGACCCAGAAGGAGGGCAGUAAUACCCAAUCCCCGAGUGACUGCCAUUGAUAAUGAUGAUAAGCAAAACUCAACAAAUACAUGUGUUUAAAAAAUA